AUGCACCAGCAGACACCUUCACAGGGCCAUGCGCCUACUCACCACCAACAGCAGCAGCAGCAACAGCAACGCAGCGUCAAGAGACCGCGACCAGUCAAGUCGUGCACCGAAUGCCGAAAGAGAAAACUGCGAUGCGAUCGCCUUUGUCCAUGCUCCCAAUGCCAGAAAUCGAACCGAACCUGCAAAUAUGCCGUCGAUCAUGAUUCCGCAAACCUUUCCGAUGGCUCUGACAGCGAGAUGCCAGAACCUGCCCGACCAGCAAAGCGUAACUGCGGCCCGGCCAUGUUUACCUCGGGCACUCCUCUUCCCAACAACGACUCGGUGUACGGGGCGGUUCGCAACGGUGAUUCUACAAAUCCGACUUCGUUGGAGGAGCUGGCGAUGCGCAUGGAGAGGCUAGAGAGGCACCUUAUGGCGCGAAGCCCUGUCGCCUCUGAAACUAGUGGCAGACUGAUCGCGGCGUCCUCUGAUACUAUUCGGGGAUUGACGGUCAAGGAAGGGGCUUUGAGAACAAGGUAUCAUGGCCAAAACAGUCCUCGUGUCUUGCUUAACUUGUUUGACGAAGCCAAGGAUUUCAUGGCCAAUAUCCACAACGUCAAUGGGGUUCGAGACACCCUGGUGAACUUUAGAAGGUUCCACAAAGCACUCCUCGACGAGUAUCGCAAGUCGCUUUCCCCAAUCACCGUCUUUGUUGACUCUAUGAUGCCUGUUCAUAAGCGCAUGACGGACAUCCUGCCAAAGAAGUCGGUAUGCGAUAGACUCGUCGACUCUUACGUUGAUACAUCCGAAACCAUCUACCGAAUCCUGCACUUGCCCCUGUUCACGGAGCAGUACAACCUGUACUGGGAGGGCAAGUUGCAAUCCGAAUACUUUCUCCCACAACUACUUUCACUCCUAUCCAUCGCAUCCCGAUUCGAGACCAAGACCAAGGGCCUCGGCAAUGAGCGCGCGGAAGGCGUACAUAUCCCGACAGCCUGCGCCCUCGUACGGACCUGGCUGGACAGUUUAAGGGGGAAGCAGUUGGUUGAAUUCGCGGUACUUCAGGUGGAGGUGCUCCUCCUGCAUGCGCAGCGGAUGAUUACACCCCGGAUCCAGGACUCAUGGACAUCACUGGGAUCCAUCGUGCGCAUGGCUAUGACCAUGGGUCUACAUCGAGAUCCUUCCGAAUUUGAACCCCGGGUCCCUGUGUACCUGGGCGAGAUGCGCCGCCGAAUGUGGUUCACAAUCCUGGACAUGGACCUUCAUAUUUCUCUGGCCAGCAACUUGCCUUGUCUUGUCCGAGAUGGAGACUUUACAUGCCGACCACCCCGGAACCUGGACGAUGCAGAACUAUUCCCGGACAUGAAGGAUUUGCCGCCGUCGAAGCCGAUAGAUGUGGUUACAGACAACCAGAUGCAAGUUUACGCGGCCAUGACCUUGGGAGUGCGGAUGAAGGUGGCACACAUGCUGAACCGCAUUGACACGAUCCGCGAUUACCAGGAGAUAUUGGACGUGGGAGCCAAGCUUGAGAGAUUCCUCGACGACAUUAAUUAUAUCUUCCCCCGGCAAGGCAUCCUGAGCGAUGCGCAGAAAAGCAAGCAGUGGCGGUCCCGGGUCAUUCUCGACAUGCAUGUGAGGCGACCCCUGCUCGCGCUGUACCGGCCAUUUGCCAUUGGCGCCCCUGACGCGCCGGCCCAGAUUUCCCGGGCAUAUCUUAGGUCGUCGAUGGUCAUCAUGAAGUACCUGGACGAGCUGGAUCCUAUGUUGGCCCAUUUCCAGGAUAUCGCCGAGAUGUACCAUCAGGUGCUCAAGAGGGACAUAAUCCAAGCGGCCCUGAGCGUGUGCUUCUACAUCCGGUCGGCAGUGCGUCCGGCUUCUGAUAGCUCAGGGCUUGGUUCGCAAGCAUUGCGCAUGUCUCCCGACUCAUCGGACGACUACCCAUCCUAUAACCCGGAGAACCUGGUGCUAUGGUCGCCUUCACGGCUUAUUAGCACAGUGGAGAAGACGCUGGAUCUACUGAUUCGCAACAUCAGUGGCCGCGACACCAAGGAUGUGGUUUGCCUUUCGGUGGUGCUCAACUGCGUUCAGAAGCCAGAGUUCCAACCAGACGAGGUUGUACAAGGGCUUCACAUCGUGUUGGAUCGUUGCUUGAGGGCAACCAACAUGAAUCUUGAUAAUGUCCCUGUCGCUCCUCCUGGGCCUGUCGAUGGUUUCCAAGGGGACGCAUACAGACACCCUCACAUGCCAUUCAUGUACCAGAGAAACCCGGUAGGAGUACCGGCAGCUGUCAGUGAUCUUGACGGUUGGAUAUUAUGGGAAGGCUGGGAAUGA